AUGCAUGCAUUGAGCACCGCAAGUGGCGAUGAGGAAGACGCUGACCAGGCCACACAGUCGAGGUCUGAAGUGCGUGGCCUCAGGAAGCGAUGGGCCUCCAUGGCAACCACACAAUCCCUUACUCCUCUUGCCGGUCAUGAAAUCGAUGCAGAUGAUUUGUUUGGCCGAAGCAGUGAGGAGCAAUUCAAUUUUGAGCCGCCUCAGAAAAUUGGGAAGAUUGCACAAGCAGUGGAUCCGAUCACUGUCGUGGAUGUUGCAACAGAUGAUUUUCUGGGUGUAGGCAGUUCCAACAGUUCCAAGCCUUUGAAUUCAGGUCACAAGCAUGAGCGUGAUGCAUUGCUUUCUACAGACUUGUCGCUGUUCAAGUAUCCUUGGGAGAAAGGAAGAUUGGCCGCCAUUUUUGGGCCAAAGCCUACCAUUAAGGUACCUGUGCCGAAACUGCAGCCUGGAGGUAGGAAUUUGGUCCAUGUGGAUUUGACAGUUGGAGAAGGUGGACAAGUUGCAACCAGAACGGUGUUGAAGCCUGAGCGUUCUGAGACAGCCGCCUUCAUGCAAGUAGUGAGAAAAGUUGAGGACAUUGAGAUUCUGGAUGAAAAGGCAAAACGUAGGAAGCAUGCGUUGGAAGGUUUUUGGCACCUAUUGGCCUUCUCCAUUUGCUCUUCUGCGGUAGGCUUAAAAGUGUCCGUGGAAUCUACAGCCGAUACAGUGGCGCAAUGUGCUUGGCAAAUUUUAGAUGCGAUAUUCGCUGUCAAAAGCGCUGGUACGCUGCUGAGACGAUUGUAUGCAUUGCAAUCCUAUGAACAAUGGUGUGUGAGCACUGUUGGUGAACACUGGAUACCGGUGUCCGAGCGCCGGGUUUGGAACUACGUCCAGUGGUUGCAGCAGACCAACGCAGCCGCGACCAAGGCGUCUAGCCUUUUGGCCUUGAGAUUUUCCUGGUUUCUCCUCGGAGUGGAGGGAGCUAGUGAAGCAGAACAAAGUCUGCGAGUGAAGGGCAUAUCAUCGCAGAUGAGAGCGGCUAAGCGCCCCUGGCGACCAGCUGAUCUGCUGACUGUGGAAGAAGUGCUGGUCCUCCACAAGGUGUUGGGUGACAACAAUGCAGAGCUGGGUGACCGUCUUCUUUGUGGGCAUUGUUUGCAUCUGCUGUACAGCAGAUCGCGCUGGAGUGACCUGACACAGGUCGCCAACCUCUUCAUCGACGAGGAGAAGCGCUACUUGGAAGUUUCAACCCGUGCUCACAAAGGUGCAAGAUCAGCUGAGAUGAAGUCGAGGCUUCUGCCAAUAGUCUGUCCAUGUCAAGGCAUCAGCGACCAGAACUGGGCUGUCAUCUAUUUGAACUUGAGGGAUCAGGCAAAUUUGCAGCUGCCUGAACACGGCUAUGGACCCAUGAUGCCAGAAGGAGCAGACUUCAUGAGAGCAAUCCUCAAGGCUCCGAAGAGCGCAGAGAGGAGGGUGUCUACGCAUUCCUUCAAGUCCACGCUCAUUUCGUGGACGGCGAAAUAUGGCUUGCCAGAUACCUCCAGGGCAGUGCUGGCGCGACACCUCUCAUGCGCAACAGCCACAACAGCGGUCUAUAGCAGGGAUUUGAUAUCUCCAAUUUUGAGAGAGUUGGACACCAUGCUGCAGGCAAUGAGGUGCGCCUUGUUCCAGCCCGACAGGACAAGGUCUGGCAUGGUGACGCCGGCAGUGAUGCCGACAGUGCCUGGCACGCCAUUCAGAGUGCCACCAGUGCCAAGCACUCCCAUGCCACCGGUGCCGCCGGCAGCUGCGGCCAAGCAGGCCGAUGUUGAUGAGGAGUGGCAGGUGGUCACUGAGGAGUGUGGCGCUGCUAGCCCUGUUGAAUCAAUGGCCAACAGCCCCAGAGUGCAGUGCAGUCCAACAGAAGCGGUGGACAGCAGCAGUGAGACCUCGGAAGAGGCCAGUGAACAGAGCACGUCUGACAGCGACGUGGAGCUGGAGGGAGAGAUGGUUCCACGUGAUGUGGAGCCAGUUCUGAAGUAUUUCAUCAACGGAAAGUCACUGGUCAUCCACUGUGAACGUUCUGCUGGAUUGCUGCGGUGUGGCCGCAAAGUAUCCCCGCAUUUUGUGGUGGUGUAUGAACUCCACGGCAUCAGGUGUUCCAGAUGCUUUGACGUGUGA